UUAAAUGUUUCAUUCCUAAAUUCACGUGUACAAACAAUACAUUUAUCUAAACAUCAUUUCAAUAAUCGAAACGUCUUCCAAUUUAACAUUAAUAACGUUUUGGUCGUGUGAUAGUGUAAAUACUAGUAAGUAAAUAUAGUUGUUAGAAAUACUACAGCUAUAACAACAACUACUAGUCCUUUUACUCUUACUUUCUCAUACUAAUACAUAAAUAUAAAGGUAUAUCAUGACAAGGAUGUAGUUAUGAUCAUUUAGCAGUGAGGCAGUAGAUAGAUAUAUCUAAUGUACUACAUUUCGUAAGGGCGAAAUUUGGCAAUUGGCCCAUUGUCUUCAACAACUUAUUUCAAAAACUUAAGUCGCUGACGUUUACCCAGAUACACGGAACGUGGUGUGUGUGUGUGUGUGUGUGUACAAGUGUGUGUGUGGUGAUAGAGGGGGCUUGGAUGAGGACGGGGCCGAUUAUACCAGGCUCAAAAGACAAAUUUGGGGCAUAACAUAAACGUUUUCGACUUGGACCAGGGCUACAAUCAUAGCUGAAGCUCCCGGUAGGUCAGGGCUAAAAUUAGAGGCAGCGUCUUCCGCCACAGCAGCCCGAAUUUCAAAGCCUGACAUUUCAUGACACGCUACACGGCGGCCGAGAUAAGAUGAGUCUGAGUGAGUAACGCAGGGACAGCGCUGGAUCCACGGGAUAGUGGGUUGUUGUUUUUUUUUUAUGGAGACGCUGUCUGUGACCUGUCCAGCGCACAGAUCCUCUGAGUGCACGCUGCUACAAACAUGUCUUUUUUAACCAUACCAAGUCAGGAGGGCCUUUUUGUCAUUAAACCCUGCAAGUCAGCCGAAGAGACGCAGCGCCGGAGCACCGAAUGUGACGACGAAGAAGAAGAGGAUGAUGAUGAGGAUGAGGAUGAUGACACAAACGUCCACCUCAUCCCAAGAUGCUCGCCGGUUCCCAGAAAGCGAGGCUCGUCCAUCUUCGAUGAGACUGCGGAGUACAUGCGCUUCCAGCAGGCGCUGUCCGCCGGAAAGAAAGUGUCAUUUGCCGACACCACGGGCGGUGAUCUGGUGGACGUAAAGGAGUUUGUGGCCUUUGGCAGCGAGGAUGAGGAGGAAGAGGCAAGGUGGGAAGAAGAGGAGGCAAAAUACCGGAAACCAGAGCUAGAGCCAAUCUAUACGGUGCAGCCAGAGUUCUGCGCAGCUACCGGCGUCGUCCUGCUGCAGACUGUGCGCACAGAUAAAGUGGCGGUUGAGCGGCUGUUUCAAGUGGAGAAUGAGCCACUUGCCGUGAGUGGGUUAAUACGAGUGCUGAACAUCUCCUUCCACAAAGCAGUUUACAUCAGAUCCACCAUGGACAACUGGGUGACUUACUUUGAUCACCCUGCAGAGUAUGUCCAUGGAUCCAAUGAUGGAGACACUGACCAGUUCUCAUUCAAACUCUCCUUUUCUCCUCCUUACGUCACACACGGUUCACGCAUCGAGUUUGUCGUCCGCUAUGAAACAUCUGAUGGUGAUUUCUGGGCCAAUAACUCCUCCAAGAAUUAUGUGGUUACUCUGCUGGUCUCCUAUGAUGAUGACGACCCGGCUCAAACAAAGUUUGACCCGCAGGAGAUAAGAAGUAUCCUCAAACCUCCCAAAUUUUACAGCAUGAAGGACGACCCAGAUUCAGAAGACGAGCUGGAAAUGCAUGAAGAAGCACCGAUCAAACUGAUCAGACCCACGCCCAUGUGCCCCGCCUUAGUCAGACCUGAGAUUGACGUUGAGAUUGCAGUUAACCCCUCUGGUUCCUCUGUCUCAGCCAACCACCAGCUCCCAUCUGUUGAUGGCUCCCUGACCACUCCCACUGUGUCUGCAGGUGAAAGAUUCCCUCGUGCCCCCCCUGAUCCCUCACCUCAGACCAACCCGUCCUUUGUACUUUUAACCAGCAAAACAGUGCAGCCACAAGAGUCUCAGCCUUUACCCACAGUGCAUUGCGAACAGGGCGAUCAAACGCCGCCCUCCAGCAGUCGUUCCCCUGAUCUGCUGCCCGCUCCGCAGCAAGAACCGAGGCCAGACAGAUCAGACAGCCCCCAGACUGGCAGAGAGGAAAUCCUCUCGUCCGAGCCUUUGUGUGUUCAUCCUUCCACCGCAGAGACAAAUCAGUGUCCAACAGAAGAAGACGCAUCGACCGGAACCCCCGUUAAUAAUCCUCGUCUUGAAGAGGCCGUCGUGCACGUCUCUGGUCCCGCGGAAGCUCACGAUUCAAAGGAAGAGGUCGAAUUGGGAUUGAGUGAACUUGAUGCAGGAUUAGUCGAAGAUUCCCCCAGAUCUGCUGCACACUGUGAGGAAACCCCGCCCGCUGUCCCGCUGUCUCCUGUGGCAGAGGAUCAACAGUCACCUGGACUCACAGAGGCCGACUCGACCAGCGAGGUCCAGACGGUCCUGAACACAGCUGUGGAGUCUGGAGCCUCCGCCUGGAGGAGACGGGACGAGGAGGACAAGGUUUCCCAGAUUCUUAGAGAAAAUGUAUCAGAGGUUUCUCCACAGUCAGAGUCAGAGCUGGGUGUAGAUGUGAACCUGAAGCCUUCGUUCGUCUUCGUGAGUGUGGCCGUCCUUCUGUCCAUAGCAGUGCAGCAGCCCAAUGUCCUCGUCCUCAUUGGACUGCUGCUGGUCCUGCAGUGUUUUUAAAUGCACCACUGUAGUUGUUGUUGUUGUUGUAGUUGUUGUUGUUGUUGUUGAGGUGAAGUGCCUUUCCAUGAUUCCAGAAGAAGAUUCAGUCCAAAAAAAAGUCAUUAUAUAUAUAUAUAAUAUAUAUAAUAUAAAAUAGAGUAUCAUCAGUAUACAGUGAAUAGAAUUAUCCUGGAGUCUCCUCAUGUAGGAAUUACCUUAUUGUUUCACACCAAUUUUUUUUAUUCUUUCUACUGGAGCAGCUUUUCAGUCCUGUAUUAGACUAAUUUAAACUGCCCAGGUCAUGUGAUGCCACUCAGCCAAUCAAAACAAAAAUGAAAAAAAUUCAGAGAAAACUUGGGUCAGGAAGAGACUUCGACGCACCGGGGGGAGAGACCAGGGAAGUGAGGUUACGGCAGAGUCCUGAGGAGCAACAUAAAAAGAAAGCAACUUUACAUGGACGUGAAUAUAUUUUAUAUAUUUUAUAUGUUCCCUUCCACCACGAGUUGACAGUGAGACCAACAUGUCUCAUAUGUCUUAAAAUCACAGGGUAUAUUUUUAGACCACAGAUUAUUUCAUUAAAUGUAAAAAAAAAAAGAAAGAAAAAUAACGUAAAAAAGCACAAAUCUGUAACGGGGACAGAUC